AUGGCAGAAGCAACAAAGAGGUAUGCAGUUGUUACUGGAGCAAACAAAGGCAUAGGAUUGGAAACUGUGAGGCAAUUGGCCUCAAAUGGAUUCACUGUAGUCUUAACUGCCAGAGAUGAGAAAAGGGGUCUUGAAGCUGUUGAGAAACUCAAAGAAUCUGGCCUCUCAGGUCAAGUGGUUUUUCAUCAACUUGAUGUGGCUAACCCUGCUACUGUUGCUUCCUUGGCAGAGUUCAUCAAAACCCAGUUUGGAAAACUCGAUAUCUUGGUGAACAAUGCAGGGAUUAGUGGACGCCAAGUAGACGGUGAUGCUCUUAAAGCUGUAGUAGACUCUGGUGCCAUGGAAAGAGGAGAAGUUGAUUGGAGUAAAUUAAAGAUAGAAACUUAUGAGUUGGCAGAAGAAUGCUUGCAAAUAAACUACUAUGGUGCUAAAAAAACGGCUGAAGCACUUAUCCCACUCCUCCAGUUAUCUGACUCACCGAGAAUUGUUAAUGUUUCCUCUUCCUUGGGGAAGUUAAAGAACAUACCUAGUGAUUGGGCUAAAGGAGUUUUUACUGAUGCUGAUAACCUAACAGAAGAGGGAGUAGGUGAGGUACUGACUGAGCUUCUAAAAGCCUUCAAGGAGGGUUCACUUGAAAGUAAGGGCUGGCCUUCUUCUUUGUCUGCCUAUAUAGUCUCAAAAGCUGCGCUAAAUGCUUAUACAAGGAUUCUAGCAAAGAAGUACCCCGAUAUUCGUAUCAAUUCGGUAUGCCCUGGCUUUGUCAAAACAGAUCUAAACUCCAAUGCCGGCGUCUUGCCUGUCGAAGAAGGUGGUGCCAGGGUUGUGAGGAUAGCAUUGCUGCCCAAUGAUGGCCCUUCUGGUUCCUUCUUUGUUCAGUAUGAAGUGUCAGAUCCUUGA